AGGUUCGCAAAUGGAUUCUUUUAAAAUAUAUAGCAGGUUUCUGGUAACUUCCAUUCUACUUUUUCCCUGCACGAAAUCUUUGAGUAUAAAAGAUAAUCAGUCAACUUCAGAGUUCAAAUCCGAGCAAGUCAUAUUUUCAUCAAGUUACAAUAUAACUAAACUAUUAGUACCAUCAGAUGGUACCACAUAUUUUCAAGACGAUAUCUCAGAUCUACCAUCUGUAUUUUUUACAAUAAACGAUACAAGAAUAGAUGGUGGUAGUUGUAUAUAUGUCUUAGAAGAUUUAGCCGCAUAUGAAAUACUCGAAGGAGGUCGAGAUUCUACUUCCGAUUAUAGUGAAGACAAAACCGUUUUUUUCGGUUCUAAAGACGGCGUGUAUAAAUAUGACCCUGAAACUUUAUCAGCUAAGAAAUACGGACCGUUUCGCGAUGACAUCAUUCAAAUCCAAAAAGCAAAUGGAAGCGACACGAUAUACUUUUUAACGUCAAACAAUAAAUUAUUUAAAUUGGAAAGGAAUGGUACGAUUCGAACAAAAGUACAAGCAGUUACUUGUGCUCUAGAAUUCGUUUUAGACACAUCGAAUAAUAUAUACUUCACGGCCUGUGUGGAUGGCUUGCCACGUAUAAUUAAAUCAGAUGGAAAUUUGUUAACUUAUACAGCUAGUGUGACAGAUGAUAUAAAAGAAAUACAUCUUUUACGUCCAGCUUUCAUAAUGGUGGAAAGUGUACCAUUUUUCGGCGAUGGAAAUCUAUAUAUGUUGUAUGUGAACGGAACAAGUGAUAAAAAAGACUUUUAUGUUAAUAAACGGCCAUCAGCUUAUAGUAUUGAUGCAGCUUUAUACCUGGUCGCGGCUUUGGAUGGAAAAAUCUAUGAGUAUAAUGUUAUGGAAGCUAUGUUGAAAUCAAUGUUUGGCUUUACUUCCAAUCGGUCGACAGAUCUCAGUAAAAUUGUCAUGUCUAUUAUAGAAACCAUGAAAGAUGGUAUUUAUAAUUGGAAUUCGGUUUAAAUGAAAUCUUAACAUAAAAUUUU